AGCGAAUGGCUGGACAGUUAGAUGAACGGCGGUGAGAUCUUGAAACCAUGCGCAACACAUAAACAUAUUUCAUAUGAUUUCUUCUGGAUGUUGGAAUACACCCUCAACGAUUGCUAUUUAAAGCAAACAAUAAUGAUUGUACCUCUGUGAAACAAUUGUGUGGAUUGUUGUAAUUCAAUUCAAUCUACAUCAUCAUACAUUGACAUUGUAGGCCCUAUCAAUCUAUUUACUUGCGAGCUCUUGUUUCUGGUCCAGAUCUCCAAUGCAAUGGUUGGAAACAGAGUUGAGGAAAUUUAAACCCAAGCCAGUUGUUCUCCACAGCUGAAGCGUGAAAUCAUCAACAAACACUUGCAGCAGUGGAUUCGCUAUUAACAAUAUCCGAUAACCCAUAUCCAACAACAGUAACUACACCAACCAUCACCAACCCAGUGGGCGAUCUAAAUGGUCAAUAGUACUACAAUAUAGUUUUCAUUGGUCAUAGAAGUCUCAAGGGGCUGUGAUCUUCUGAAGAGAGUGAUUCGGGUACAAUUACACUGCUGCCAAUCCACGUUGCCACAACUCUUUACAAUAUUUUGUUAGAGCACCAGUUCUAAGUAAAUACCUAAGUACCAAUGUGUAACGCCUGUCAAUCAUUGAAUCAGUAGGACUGGCCAGGAGUUAUUGCCUGUUGUUGGGAAAAGAUGUAAUGAGGUAACGAUGACAAUUCAAGACCCUGGCAUGGUGGAAUAAUUCAUGUAUGUUUUCAGCAUCACUAAACAGGGACUUCUGUGUAUAGUCCUGUUUAAUUGGUAGUCUGACCAUUAAGAAAGGGAAAAGACACGUGUGCAGGAAUAUGUCUACGGUUCCCAGGCCACUGGCGAGAUAAGCUGAAAUCAGUGAGUAAUAAAGCAUAGCACCAGAAGGAUCAUUUAUGAUACCAGGAGAAACGUGUGCCCAAAAUUUGCAGUCUUCAAUUCUUCACAGAGAAAUGUUGUGUGUUAUUUUAAUGUGCUCUCUACUACAUGGUGACUGUGGAGGAUUGACUAAGUCAACAAGUGGAAUUCUCUGAUCAUUUUCAUCACACUGUACGGCUAUUAGUGCCUCACUGCAGAGGGAUGCAAGAUUGUUUACCCAUGGAAGCCGGCAAUAAAAGAGCCAUGUUUGCUGACACGUAACAAAUACACAGUGGAAUUAUUUGUUUGGAUACUCGUAGUUAAAGUAUCACUGCAUUUCACACGCACAACCAGAUCAUUCAAAUCUCCAACAGAUUUCAAGUGUUUAGGAACUUUGAAAGCGGUAAAACCAUGGAAUAUAUUCGGUCCAUAGUUAACAACAGUGUGAACAGUCAAACUAUUUUGGGUGCGUGUAGCCUAAAUCAAGGUUUCCAGAUUUUAAAAGAUUUGAUAAUGGUAUUUAACUGACAGCCUUGGAAAGUGGCGGUAGCCAUUUGAUAACUUUAUGGAUCGUUGCCCGAUACUAAAAUGGAAUUAUUUAUGAUCGCCAUUUAACUCUGAACGUGCAGUUACCAGGACAAGUGAUAUUAAAAGGUCUCUUAUCGUUCACUGCUGGACUCAAUUUUGACAUUUGGUUCGUUUGUGAUGCACAGAAGGUUGUGUUAUUCAAGUUCGGUUUCACAAUGUGGUCGCUAAACAUAAAAACAGGCGCAGCAACCAGGAAUGGAUUUAAAUUCGUUGACGGAAAGUCGGCAGUGAAAACUAUAAGCGGUGACCUGCUGCCGCGAUGAUGUAACAAAUACUCUUUGAAAGAAAAACCUCACCACUUGCUCAAAGAUGAGUUUUCUCUUUGAGCCACUGCCGACUCUUCAAGAAGAUGAGGAGCUGGUGUCCAUAACGGACAUCUUGGGUCUUCGAAGAGGACGUCUGCGGGAGAACGAGAUGUGGGCAGUGUGCAAGGAGACGAUCUUGGCACUGGACGCAUUUAGGAGUGCUUCAUUUGAGUUAUUUAGUAAGCUGUAUCUAUGUCCAGAUACUCUUGCGUUUGAUAGCAGCAGUAGAGUUUGCUUCAUCGACACAGAUGUGUUGGACACUAAAUACAGGCCGCCAGAGUAUACAGAAAGGAAAGGCACAACACUUAAGGGUCAUCUUUAUUCGUUGGCGAGAACUCUCCUGGAUGCUGCGGACCACUGCCUCCCCGACGAAGACAACGAAGCGGAGAUCAGCCAGCCGCUGUUCGACUUGAUAACCGAGCUGUCGACAGAGGAUCCUAAACGAAGACCAGGCGUGGCAGAGACUGUCAAGACAUGCGAGAGGAACCUGGACGACCCGUCAACGUUGGUCUGUCGGAGGUUGUCCGCAGUCAGUCGACGCAAACUCUCCAUUGAUUCAUGCUACGAUUUUCCAGUAAAUGAGGAGGCACUGUCAACCAGACGAAGAUCAUCCGUUCUUUUCUCCAGAGGCCGAUCACUGAGCAAUGGUAGUCUUCAAGACACUCUCAGCCCCUCCGAUGUCUACAAGAAUCCCUCCUCACCCUCACCUCCACGACUGAUCAGUGGCCAGGACCGCGCUCCAGCUGCAUUAAUAAUGUCCGGAGAAAGACGGUUUGGGAAUGAUGAAGAAGGGGAGAAUCUCCGGGAAGCUCCAACAGCGGCUGCCUUGAAUAUCCUCUCCCAACGGGCACAAGACAUUCUCAAGAAGAUUUACUCCGCAAAUGAAAACGGGUCAGGAUCUAGAAACUGCACAAAUGGCGGGAUAAGCACUAUGGAAAAGUCGCAUGAAAUGAGGAGACAUUCUAGCGUUGGUACAGUGGAAGGGAAAUACGCAAGCGGGGCAUCAGGCUUAAAGAGGAACAGUGAACCUAAUGGACCUUUUAGAAUUCCUCCUAAUACUAUCCCAGAAAUCAAGGUUUUGUCGGACGACAGGAGUGGAGGGACAAUAAGCGGCGAAAACUCCCCCACUCCUAACUCGGUCAAAGUGUCUGCCGCAUUGGCAAGAUUUUUAAAAUCACGGAAACAACCCGUGGAAAAUGAGUUGGAGGAACAAGGGGAGAUGUCGGGGGUUGAAAGCUCGGCGUCACCUCGAGACGGAAUGGGCUUGGAGGUUAGGUAUGAAAGUGCAGAUGAUACCUCGGGGAGCACUGAGCCUCUGUCGCCGCUUGGAAUGGAAGACCUUUCGCUCCUUGAAGGGGGAAUGAUUCUAGACGAUCCAUGGCUGGAUGAUGACGAGUCGGACGUAGGGAGUCCAGUGGAAUUCCAGAGAACAUUACGCUCGCAUAGCAUUGCUGCAUUCAAUACGUUCGAACCGCGUUCUUCGGCGUUUCGCAUGAACAAAUCAAGCAGCACUAAAUCCAGUCGAUCUAGCCUUGAAAACAUCAACGAAAAUCCGCACUCCGGAAUCGGUGCAAAGACAAAAUCCGAUCUGAUUACAAAAAGAUCACGUCGAAGGACUGAGAGCAUGUCCGGGAGCGAGCUUUGUUACUCCUCAAUCCAGGACCUCAACAAACUCCAGGAUUUUUUUGCCAACCGUCGCAGUAGCAUCGCUGAUUUCCGCCUGCCAGGUGGUCUUACAACAAAAGCAACUCACUUCACACCGAUUGUUGUAACUGAUGAGAAGGCAGGUAGCAACAAGAGUCUUCCUCGUUCAACGAGCACACCGAGCGUUGAGGAGACAAAGGCUAAGGCCAGGGCAGCUAUGGAGGCAAUUAAGAUGGACCUGAAAGCUCCUCGGAAUCCACACCCACCUGCUAAUAUGCUGGAGUCGCUUGAGAACGAUGCUAUUGCAAGUGCAAGGGCAUCCCCUUGUAGUAGUCCCAACAACCUGUCCAGUUCACUGGUAGACUCGAACCAUAAUGGAUGUAGAGACACUGGGCAGCCAAGAACCAAAACAUCAGAGAGAGGGCAAUCAGCUCUUUCAAAAACCACCCACGAAAUAUCAAAUACUGAAAGUCUUAGUAGACAAACCAAUCCUGAGAGAACGAAGCAUGAACUGAAAACCAUGCAAGUUGAUAAGCGGAAGUUUUCUUUGGAACUAGAAGCGAUUACAUUGAAGGGUAGUUCCCAAACUGAUCAAAGGAAUAUAUCUAGAGACAGUACCAGCAGUGGUGAAAGUCGGGUACAGAAACCAAAGGUGAAAGUUGUACAUGGGUCACCAAUCACACGAGACAGUGCUUUUUCGCCCAUUCAGAAGCCACCUAGGCAAGAGCAGCAAGAAUCACAAGUUACACAUAAACCCGAUCAAAUACAACCAAUUAUUAAGGAUGGUCACAAUGAUCAGAAAGAAUCUGUUGCUUCCUCGGUGUUGGUAAACAAAAUUCCAACAGUCGAUCAAAAUACAUGUAAGUCGCCCAAAAUCCCCACCAAUCAGCUUGUGGCAGGUGCUCAAACUCCUUUAACAACUCAGUCUCCAGCUUUUGCAAGUGCUACUCAGAAUACCCUUCUUGGUCAGAUGUCGCCCCUGAGGUUAGCCAGCCCUCAGGCUCUUUACCCAUCAGUAAAUCAACCUCUUGGUCAACCACUAGGUGCAGGUGCAACUGUACCAAGUUUCCCUCUCAAAGUUCAGCUUCAGCAGGACCCAACCACGGGACUGUUUCAUGUUCUUCCUGUCGACCUUUCUGCCCAGGCGAUGCAAGGGAUUCAUGGCUCCCCUGUUAUUUCUCAAGGAUUGCCUGCUUGUUCUCAAGGGUCCCCUGUUGUCUCUCAAGGAUCCCCCGCUGUCUUUCAAGGGUCCCCUGCUGUCUUUCAAGGAUCCCCUGCUGUCUCUCAAGAAUCCCCUGCUGUCUUCCAAGGAUCCCCUGCCUCUAAUCAAGGCUCAAAUCCCCAAGCUAAACUAGAAGGUAAUUCUUCUGUAUCACAAGGAGCUGGAUUUGUGAAUGAAGGCGCUCCAGUAACGACAAGAACCUCUACUUCUGCAAAGACUUCUGAUCAAACUUCAGGAUCAGUGACCGCCAACAAUGAACGAUACUGGAUGAGACUCAAAAGUCCUGGAGCAAGUAGUGAUGGCGAAAGUACUUGUAUUCCACUUUCACCAGAGAUACCUCGAAGGGAUGCUCCAGAUCGGAAACGAGAUCAAAUAAAAAAACGCACCGAGAAGACAAAACACCUUGUAUCGCCCUCCAAACGGUCACUUGCCAAAGGCUCAUUGUACAGCGAGUCGGAGAGCAGUGAGUCAUCUUACUUGGAGACUCUCCGCCUCAAGAACUCUCCCAAAGGAAUCCGUAAGAAGCCAACCAAACCAUCCUCCUCUCAAAGUGAUCCUGAUCGGAUGCGGGAUAGAAACCACGAUCGCAGUAAGUCACACAGCCAUGAUAGAUCGGAUAAACCGCAAGACUCCAAGAGCCGUAGUAAAUCCUGUGAGAGAGUCAAGCCAUUGCUCUCACUCUACCACAAAGCAGAUCCUGAAAGCGCCCUUUGUAAACACCAGGAGAAAUCUGGAAGCAAAGGAAGCCAUUCCAGCACCCGAAACCAUGUAAGCCACAGACCCAGUGAUCACCACAAGGUGUCCAAGAAGCCUGGGUACUCCACGGAAGAUGUCGACGACUCGCGGCCUGUAGAUGCCUCCCGUCAUGCCCCUUCACCAAUCUCAAUGUCGCGAGACAGCGGAGUGAAUCUCAGGUACAGCAUGUCCAGCGGUGAGGAGCUGACCACAGUGUCUGAGGUGCAGCAGCUUGCCAAUGUCCUCCAAGGGAACUCAUCUCUCAAGAGGGUCAUUAAGCUGAUCAGGCAAGCCUUUGCAUACGAUGGCUACUUGGAAAAUGGAAUAGAAGACUUGGCAAUGGCUGAAUACAUCACAGCUCUCGGCAAGCUGAGUUGGCAAACUUUCAACAAUGCUGUAACGGAGAAGUUCUGUGAUUUGUACUGGGAGGAAGAGCUACUGGAGGGUCUGUAUGAAGUGGUCAAUGGACAGAAACCACCCAGUAAACCUGCCAGCAAUGCCCUCAAUAAAAACAGGUCCGAAGUUCCCAAGAAGCCAUUGCGGAGCAAGCAGUCCAUGAAAGGUAGUCACUUGUCAGCUCAUCGUAAAGAAACCGCAGACAGAAAGACUCAAGAUAGCAAACUGGAUGACCCCACAGCAAAAAAGAAAUUCCCACAAACUUCUACGCCUAUUAGAAACAAGGAUGGGACUACCGGCAAGUCUAGGGUUACUGGAGAAAGGAGCAGAGUGCAUGGGGAUGGGAGACAAGUCGCUGAGGUCAAAAAUACUGAGAAAGAACACCGUAGAAAACAUGAUGAAAGGUCGGGUAGGACGAAAGUUGCGAGUCCAGAAAGUGACUCCACUGAGCAAGGUCAACUGAGUAGUAAUGAGAAUAGGAGAGAGUCCCACAGUGCAAAGAGAGAGACUGGGCUUGUGAAAUCAAAUCGAACUUCAUCAAGAAGCAAUUCUUCAGCCAGUGAAAGUAGGACGAAGGUGUCAAGACCUCCUGAACAUGAUCUUAAGGAAGCAUCUUUAAGGAGUAGAGCCCAGGCUACCAAAGAGAUUGGGAAUGCAACCCUUCCAUCUGAAGAAGGGGACCUGACAAAGGGGACAGCUGACAAACUCAAGGAUGAAAAUAGUAGCGGAGAUGGGCUUCAACGGCAGAGAAGAACAGCAGCAGUGGUAAGCCAGAACGACCAUAAGAAAGAAGAGCAUCAAAACCGAAAAGAAGUUGACAGGUUACAGUAUGCAUCAACCAGUCAAUCAGAUCACAACACAUCUGUGGAAUCAUCCGUUGACUUGAAUGCAUCUAAAGUGAGUCUCGCAAGCAGUAACGCCUCAAGCUCAAUAAUAAGUCAAGGCAAGAGUGUCACUGACGACAGCUUGAAUGCCUCCUUGACUUCCAGUCAGUUCACAUCCCCCUCCAUCUUGAACUCGCCCUUGUUUCGUAACAACUCGGACUCGAGCGACUCCACAAAUCGCAAGAUUCGCGAGAUGUUAUCUCGAAGGGGUAGCCAGGGCUCGAUCAGUAGUGCCUCGUCGGGUCAGUCGCGUUCUCUUUGCAACAACUCCGACACGAUCUCUCUGCCAUCGUUGAGUUCCUUCAAUGACUCGUCCAUGGAGGAGUCAAGGUGUGGCUUGCCAGGCGGGGUCUUGUACAGGGGAGAAAGUGUGGAUCCGAGUGUAGAGGCAUACACACAACAGCUAACUGGAGCAGGGCUGACCCAGCAGAACAUCGACACCAAGAUUGCUGAUGUUGAGCAACAGUUGAUGAUGGAGAGACGAAUGAGGAAUAAGACAGAGAAGUUUUAUCGGAAACUUGUCAACAAUCAGCAAACAAAUAAAGGUGCAGAUCAGAAGCACAUGGUGUCAAAGGUCGGCAAGCAGAUCCUGGAGAUGUCAAAGCGGGUAGAGUUCCUCGAGUCCGCUAAGAGACACCUGGAGAUGCUGUAUGCUGAGCAGUGGGGAUUGGACCUUAGCUACCUGUUUUCUCUGGCAUCAAGCUAUGGUAAGACUACCAUGGAUCUUAGACCAUCAGACACCAACCCUCUCUUAUCCUUCCAGACUGGUCGUAAUAAACUCACCCUUCAGGCUGGUCAGUCUCUAGGACUCUUCUCAUUCCUGUAUGCAAGGCACGCCCUCCUGCAGGGAUAUCUUCACCAUUUCUUUUACACAUAUCACUAUUACACUACGUCUGAGGAGCUGUUUGGCUUCAUCUUGAAAACAUCUGUGUCUGCUCUUGGCAUGAACGUCAGUAAUGCAGAGCACCAGACUAAGAUUGUGUAUCGCACAUUGGAUGUACUCCAAGUAUGGGUGGAAGGGUUUUACGAGGUGGACUUCAGACCUAACCAACGUCUACUGCAGGAUGUCCUUGUCUUCAUCACAGAUAAGAUAAUUCCAGUUGAUUCGCAGGGUCAGUGCCUCAUUCAGCUUAUUGAGAAACUUGAUGAAGAUCGACCAGGCACCAGUCUACUUGUUGCCUCCCAGAGAGAUGAGAUUCUGGACCAGUUGCCCAUGGAUAAGGCAUCAGCCUCCAGAAGUCUACUAGGCAAGACAGGGCGAGGCAAGUUGAAGGCUGGCAUUAUGUCAUGUCUAACCAAGAAGGACUCAUCGAAGCAGCAGGCAGACAGCUCAUAUCUACCCACGGUAUCGAUGGAGAAAGAAGGCUUCUCUCUCAGUGAUCAUACGUCCAUGAGCUUGGCUCAUCAGCUUACUCUCAUACAACAGGAGCUUUUCCAUCAUGCCCAUCCUGUCCACUUCCUCAACUCACGUAGUAAAGGCAUCGGUGUCAACACCAAUAACUUUGAUGGUACUGGAGGGAAAGGCCAGUUCUCCCCAGACGGUGCCGACGCACCAAAUUUGUUCGUCAGGCUGCAUGGUGAGGACAGAGCUGUGAGGGCGCUGUUACAUCAUGCGAAGGAAGUCUCGCACUGGGUGUCUGCUGAAGUGGUUAGCUGUAGCUCGGCUAAGUCUCAGUUGGUUCUCCUGUGUAAGUUCAUCAAUGUGGCCAAGACUUGCUACGACUUGAGGAACUUUGCCUCCUGCGUUCAGAUUCUGGAUUCUUUGGAUAACGUCAUCGUCAGACAAGUUCCAGCAUGGCGCAAUCUCCCAUCCAAGGUGGUGAGCCUAUACGAGGAGCUGUGUGCCUCCAAGGUUCAUCUACAAGGAGACGGGGACAGUCUGAUCGAGGGAGACGCCCAUAAAGGUUCCCCGACCCUUCCACCCACUCUACUCUUGCUGAUGCAUGUGCAGCAGCUUGAGAUUGGCGGGUUCCAACUCCCCAACGGCAUGUACAAAUGGUCCAAAAUGAGAUCUAUCGCAAAGUUUGUGGACCAGAUAAGAACGUUCAAGGAGCAUGCCUUCAACUUCGACUCCAACCAGGAGCUUCAGGAUCUGCUCAAAGUCCGCAUCUUAGAAUGCUGUGAUCAAGAUAUACAUGUCUUAGCCGCUCGGCAUAGCUCUAACUUCCAUCAGUUGACUUCCGAUAAGAGCUCACGUCGGCUGCAGAAUGCCUUCCAGAAAGUUAGAGCAACACUCCACUGAUUCUUCUGCAAUAUUCUGCACACCUUGGUUAUAGAAUGUCUUUCAAAUGUUAAAGUGGUACAACAUAUCAAUUACUUUGUGAGCUCAUGUUGGCUGCAGAAUUCCUAAUAAUUAUUAUUAUUUUUACCUGCCACCAAACAAUCCACUGACAUUGACUCUUAUUUAUCUGCAUUAUUCUUCACACCUUGGCUCAGAAUGUCUUUCAAAUGUUAAAGUGGUACACCAUAUCAAUUACUUUGUGAGCUCAUGUUGGCUGCAGAAUACCUGCCACAAUGUAGCCAAACAGUCCACUGAUAGUGACUCUUCUGCAUUAUUCUUCACACCUUGGCUGUAGAAUGUCUUUCAAAUGUUAAAGUGGUACAGCAUAUCAAUUACUUUAUGAGCUCAUGUAGGCUGCAGAAUACCUGCCACAAUGUAGCCAAACAAUCCACUGAUAGUGACUCUUCUGCAUUAUUCUUCACACCUUGCCUGCAGAUUGUCUUUCAAAAUUCAAAGUGGUACACCAUAGAAGUCAAUUGCUUUGCGAGCUCAUGGUGGCUGCAGAAUGCCUUUCAGACUGUAGACCAACACCCCAUUGACAGUGACUCUUCUACAAUACUCUGCACACCUUAGUUGCAGAAUGUCUUUCAACAGUUUGAGCAGUACAACAACAUAUAUAUAUAUCAAUAUAUAAUGAAUAGGGUAGAUGGCCUUAGCUUUCGAUCCAAUCCGGACCUUCU